AUGGUUGGCAGCGGGCCAAGGAGUGCACAGACUGCCCGUUCGUGCAAUGCCGAGCCAUCUCGCCCAGCUCCAGCCCCUGGACUUGGCGCCCCAGAUGCAACACUGAGAUGCAUCUCUCGGCGCUGCGGCAUCAACGCCACGGCGUCCCGCCAAGUCGGAUUGUCGCUGGGGAUUUUUGAAAAGGACAACAACGCACGAGUGCCGCGUGACGUCGUUCAAAACGACGGAACCGCGGGUUCAGCCUCCCGAGCGCGCGGACCGGGCGCGGCGUUGGCUUUGUUUGCUUUUGCCAUGUUGGCACACCGAGUGCUCGUGUCGCCCGGUGGCCGUGGAUGCUUCAUUGGGCGUCGCCGUCACGGGGUCAGCCGUCCCGCACGCACAACCACCUGCUCGCCGCCACAUGCAAUUGGAUGCGCAACACGGCGGAUGAUGUGCCCAACACUAGUCGUUGGAUUUGAGUUCAGCUGGAUGGCGUCCCGGUUGACAGGAUGCAGCCGCGGUAUGCGGUGA